AUGGGAUUCGACGGGGGUGGGGGUGCGGGUCUGCGAGGCUCGGUCCAACCUGGCGUGACCGCCUAUGCCUGGUUCAAGCUGACGGGCAGGGGGGUGCGGGAAGUGGGCCAGGGCCCGGUUCUGACCCUCAGGUAUCUGUCGGAGGCGCACACGGGACAGUACCUCUGCAGGACCCGAAACGAAAUCGGGGAAGGGAACUCGAAUGUCAUCGACGUCACUGUAAGAUAUGCUCCUAAGAACACCUCAGUGUCAGUCAGUCCCUCUGGUUCAGUGUUAGAGGGCAGCUCUGUGACUCUGACCUGCAACAGUAAUGCCAACCCAGCAGUGCAGAACUACACCUGGUAUAAAGUGAAUGGGACAGAGAUGAACACUGUAGGAACUGGACAGAAUCUCACCUUCAAUGUGACUGAGUCCAGUGGCAGUGAACAGUACUACUGUGAAGCACAGAAUGAACAUGGCAAGGAGAACUCGACAACUGUACGGCUGAAUGUGACAUACAUGCCUCAGAUCUCUGGUUCUGGGAGCUGCAGCAGAACUGCAGCAGAGAUCAGCUGCUCCUGUGAGAGCCGUGGGAAUCCCUCUCCCAGCAUGGAGUGGCGUGUGUCUGGACUGCGGGUCACUAACUCUACUGAGAGAGUCAUCAGGGAGGAGCAGCUGGGGAACACAGGCCUGAGGAGCUCCCUCACCAUGCGCCAAUCACAGGGAGACACGCCCACUCUCCUCUGCGUCAGCACCAACACUCUCGGCAACUCCAGCCUUCAGCUCCACCUCCCGUCUCCACAGCAACACUCAGGAUUAAAUUUCAAUCCACUGUUACAUAUUAUCAUCAUAGGACUGAUUUGUCUGUAUGUGCUGACUGUUGGAUUUUGUAUCCACAAAAAUAAAAGGUUGUCUAGAAGACUGAAGGGAGGGAGGGACGGGGACACAUAUGCCAGUCUGCAGCUCCCCAACAUCAGCCCUGAAUAUGACGUGCUGCAGGUAAAAAACAAGCAUCAGAAACACACAGGGACUACACAAGAUGAGAACGAUGAUUAUCAGAACCCUGAAGAUGGAAACAGACCAGAUUCAGGGGCUAAUUAAAAAUGUGAGCAUGUUGUGUUUUUUUUAAAGCUGAUUUAUUUUUGCUUUAAAAACAAAACAAAAAAAACACCGAAUGUUGAGGGUAAUUUCUAUCUAUCUGUCCUAAGACUUGCAGAGAUGUUUAUUUAGUAUUUAUCCUAGAGAAUAGAAUUUGGUUUUUUUCAUUUUUCAUUCUUUUUACAGAAUGACUAUUUUUGUACACUUCACUUGCAUCUCUUGUGCUUUAAUGACUGUAUGCCAUAGGUUGUCGUGUAAAUUUGGCUGCUGUCUGUUUUUGAGAACACCAAAUCAAAAUUGCAUCCUCAUGGACUUUCAAAGAAUGUUACAUUGUGCUCUAGGGAUGUGAUACGUUUUGAAAAAGUCCCUUGUCUCUCUCCUGAAUUUGAAAAGCUGGUUUUCAGUCAUUCUGCAUCUUAUGGUUCAAACAGUCUGCUGAAAAGCUUAAAGGAGAAAGACUAAUAUCAAUUACUGAUUUCAAACAUGGAAUUCAUGACUCAGGGACUGACGUAUGCUCCUGUUUUUAGCCUCUGCUGUGCUCUUUAAUUUCUAUUAUACUAUUGUCUCACUGCACAUUUGUUGUUUGUAACUUCAUUGGCAACUGUCUUAAUGGGUUACUCUGUAUUUUAUGUCAAAGAGAUCAAUCAG